AUGGGUUGCUGUAUGAGUCAAGAGGAGCAAGAAGGAAGAAGAAAGAAUGAGGAAAUUGAGAACCAGCUAAAAAAGGAUAAAAUGUCAAUGCGCAAUGAAAUAAAAAUGCUCUUGUUAGGUGCUGGUGAAUCCGGAAAAUCCACAAUUCUAAAACAGAUGAAGCUCAUUCACGAUGGUGGAUAUUCACACGAGGAAAAGGAGUCCUUUAAAGAGAUUAUAUUCUCCAACACAGUACAAUCCAUGCGGGUCAUCUUGGAAGCCAUGGAAGCCAUGGAGAUUUCCUUCGGAAAUGCUGAUGUUCAAAAGUACGCAUCAAUAGUUUCAAAUCUUCCCAAUCAAAUAGAAGGUGAACACUUGCCGCCGGAUGUGUCAAUGGCUGUCAAAGCGCUUUGGGCAGACUCCGGUGUGCAGGCUUGCUUCAGUCGGUCCCGGGAAUAUCAAUUAAACGAUUCGGCAAAAUAUUACUUCGACUCCAUCGAUCGUAUCUCUCAGGCAGACUACGUCCCAACUGAUCAAGAUGUGUUAAGAUCACGUGUGAAGACAACCGGUAUUACGGAGACAACAUUCUUCAUUGGUGAACUGACCUACCGAAUGUUUGACGUCGGUGGUCAACGUUCAGAGCGAAAGAAGUGGAUUCACUGCUUUGAAAAUGUAACAGCCAUCGUAUUCCUGGUGGCCAUCUCAGAAUACGAUCAACUGUUGCUGGAAGAUGAGACGGUGAAUCGUAUGCAAGAAGCUCUGACAUUAUUCGAUUCCAUCUGUAACUCAAGAUGGUUCGUCAAGACUUCGAUCAUUUUAUUCUUGAAUAAGAUAGAUCGUUUCAUGGAGAAGUUACCAAGGUCUCCGAUGAGCAACUUCUUCCCAGAUUAUGAAGGUGGUGAUGAUUACAAUGCAGCAUGCGAUUACAUACUUAAUCGUUUCGUCUCACUAAACCAAUCCGAAGUCAAGCAGAUCUACACACAUUUCACGUGCGCCACAGAUACCCAACAGAUCAAAUUUGUCAUGGCUGCCGUGAAUGAUAUCAUCAUCCAGACAAACUUGAGAGAAAACUGUGCCGAGAAUGCGAACGGUGAAGGAUGCGCAAAAUACUGUCGUAUCAAUGCUGAACUGGCUUCGUGCACCGCAAAAAUGAUAUCGAUGCAUGCCCCUCAAUUGAAUUCACUUGUUGAUCUUACCCUUGCCUCUUCUGAGAAGUGUGUUGAGAUGUGUGGUCAGCAUAAUAAUGAUCAUUGCCAAGCUUGUGCACAUGCCGCUCGUAAUCUUUCUGAAAAUUUACGUCGAUUUCAAGAGAACAUCACCGGUUGA